UCAGCGGGCGGGCGGAUGAGUGACAGGCGACCGUCUACACGUCCUCUUUUCACUCCAACGCGUCGAAGGAGCGAAGGACCCCCGGGAAAAAUGCGCGUAGAAAGUCCGGACGGAGACGACUGGAGAUAACGAGAGUGUAGAGAAAAUCACUGCUUGAUUGUGUGGUUGUACGUUGCUCAGGUGUGAGGUCUUCCGGAGUUUGGACUGGAGCGGGUGUCGAACCCCCCCGGAUGAAAUUUUUGUCUUUCGCCCCCCACCCUCCUGGAAUUUGUCUUUUUUCCCGCUUCCGCAGCCAUGUUCUGGACACGGUGGAUCGUCCUGCUGCUCUGGUGGUGGGAGGCCGCCACCGCCACGGCCGCGAGCGGCCAGUAUCAGCAGCCGAGGCAGGGUGACCCGAGAGCGGACCCCCACCAGCAGCGCUCGCCUCCGCCGGUGGAGCCGCUGGAUUUUGGCUUCGUCCCGGCGGCGGUGUACGACACCCACGCGUACUACGAGCCCGGGACCAUCGGGAUACUCUUCCACAUGGUCCACGCUUUUCUCUACAUUGUCCAACCUAACUCCUUCCCUAAAGAUCUGAUCAUUAAAGUCAUUCAGCAAAAUAUGGGAGGACUCAAAUUUGAAGAAUGGAGAAAGCCAGACAACGUCGUCCUCCUGCUUGAGGGGGCCUACUAUGAGCUGGGGUUCCUGGUGUGCGCGACCGUCGGCGUUUUGUUCGUGGUCCUGGUCCCCGUCUUGGGCAUGUGCUUCUGUGUUUGUCGUUGCUGCGAGAAUUGCGGCGGAGAGAUGCACCAGAGACAAAGGAAAAACGCAGAUUGCCGACGAGGCUUCUUCACCACCACGCUCAUCGCCACCACCAUCACCAUCAUUCUGGGGGUACUCGUGGCCUACGCAGCAAACCACAACCUGAGCUCGCACAUCAAGAGCACUCGGCGGUUCAUUAACACCAACAUCAGAGACUUGAAGACGUUCGCCAACAACACACCCGCGCAAAUCGAAUACAUGACCGCCCAGUACACGACAGUCAAAAAUAAAGUCCUGUCUGAACUCGACAAUAUUGGACCUUUACUGGGGGGGAGGAUUCACAGUCAGCUGGAGAAGGAAGUGGUUCCGUCCCUGGACACGGCCUUGCGCAUGGCAGGAAUUAAAGUUGAGAAUGCAAUCAAAGCCAUGCGUGAGACAAAGGAGGCGCUGGAGAGCGUCAGCUCGUCGCUACAAAUCCUCCAAGAAGGCACAGACGCGCUCAAAGACAGUCUGUCCACAGAGAGAGCGUCACUGUCCAACACCUUGUCGGACCCGGCCUGCACCAACGGCGCCGUGUCGCCGAGCUGCAACGCCAUCCGUGCCACGCUUUUCCAGCUGGGCGUCAACGCCGACUUCUCAAAGCUCGCGGAUGUCGACUUUGCUUUGGAGAAUGUCAACACGGUCCUGAAGACGGACCUCAGUAACAUUAUACAGAAGGGCUACACGUCCUUCAAUGACACGCCGAGGCUGGUCAAAGAGCAAACCAAAAAUAUUAUAGGAGCAUUACCUCGAGUGAAAGGGAUGCUGGAUAAAAUCGGCUCAGAGAUCAACGGCUUCGCCAAAAUGUUUCCAGUGGAGGCGUCGCUGGCCAACUUCACCAUCUUCCUCAACCAAGGGCAAAAGAACAUUGAGUCCUACUACGCACAGAUUGACCAAAUCGACUUCUACAGGUGGAUCGGCUGCGUGGCGGUGCUGUGCAUGGUGGUGCUCAUCCUGUCCUUCAACAUAUUGGGCUUGCUUUGCGGCACGUGCGGCUAUGACAAGCAAGCCACGCCAACCAGCCGCGGCUGUUUGUCCAACACGGGCGGGAACCUGCUGAUGGCCGGUGUGGGUUUCUCCUUUAUCUUCGCCUGGGUGCUGAUGGCCAUCGUUACUACGCUGUUCGUCGUCGGGGGCAACGUGGAGAAAAUUCUGUGCGAGCCGCUGGCCAGCCGGCAGCUGUUCCAAAUCAUAGAUACACCUUUCCUGGUCCAUCCGGCCAAGAAGAACUUCCUUCCUGGAAUGCUCUUUCAGAACCCAAACAUUGACUUAACGUUGGGGAGCAUGUACAGAGAGUGCUACGACAACAACGGGCUGUAUCACGCUCUUCAGCUGGAAACCAUGUUCAACAUCAACUCCUUCCUCAACAGGACAGUGUACAACAAAGACCUGGCCAAAGUGCUUGAGAACGUGCAGGUGGACAUACAGGACAUUACGCUGCUGGAACAGGAGGGCAGAGACAACCUCAUCAACUUUGCCAACGCGGGCAUCGGAAUCAUCGACUACGAAGCCUACCUGGCUGAGGUGAAUAAGGGAACCACCCUUGUGGACCUUCUGACCUUCGCCACUGAUCUGGAGGCGCAAGCUGACCAGCUUCCACGUGGCGCUCUGGAGAACGCGCUAAAAGGUCACGCCAGCAGUGUCCGACAGAUCCACCGAGAAGUGGUGAUCCCCAUGGAACAAGCCAUGAAAUAUGUCCGUGCCAGGAGCACCUUGAGUC